CGGCGGCGCAGGCGCGGUUCCCACCUCCUCAGCCGGCCAAGCGAGCAGAGGCUGCAUCCCAGCUCCCGGGCUGUAGCGUCGCCGCCGCCUCCGCCGCCAAGCCCCCCGCCCCGCUUCCGCCGCGUCGGAAUGAGCUCCAGGAAAGUGCUGGCCAUUCAGGCCCGAAAGCGGAGGCCGAAAAGAGAGAAACAUUCGAAAAAAAAUCAAGCAGAAGAUUGAGCUGCUGAUGUCAGUUAACUCUGAGAAGUCGUCCUCUUCAGAAAGGCCGGAGCCUCAACAGAAAGCUCCUUUAGUUCCUCCUCCACCACCGCCACCACCACCGCCACCACCACCACUGCCAGACCCGGUGCCCCCAGAGCCAGAGGAGGAGAUUCUGGGAUCAGAUGAUGAGGAGCAGGAGGACCCUGCAGAUUACUGCAAAGGUGGCUAUCAUCCAGUGAAAAUUGGAGAUCUCUUCAAUGGUCGGUAUCAUGUCAUUAGAAAGCUAGGAUGGGGGCACUUUUCUACUGUCUGGCUGUGCUGGGAUAUGCAGGGGAAAAGAUUUGUUGCAAUGAAAGUUGUAAAAAGUGCCCAGCACUAUACAGAGACAGCCUUGGAUGAAAUAAAAUUACUUAAAUGUGUUCGAGAAAGUGACCCAAGCGACCCGAACAAAGACAUGGUGGUCCAGCUCAUUGAUGACUUCAAAAUUUCAGGCAUGAAUGGGAUACAUGUGUGUAUGGUCUUUGAAGUACUUGGCCACCAUCUCCUCAAAUGGAUCAUCAAGUCCAACUAUCAAGGACUCCCAGUACGUUGUGUGAAGAGCAUCAUUCGACAGGUCCUUCAAGGGUUAGAUUAUCUACAUAGCAAAUGCAAGAUAAUUCAUACUGACAUAAAGCCGGAAAACAUCCUGCUGUGUGUGGAUGAUGCAUAUGUAAGAAGGAUGGCAGCUGAGGCCACUGAGUGGCAGAAAGCCGGUGCUCCUCCUCCUUCUGGGUCUGCAGUGAGUACUGCUCCACAGCAAAAACCUAUAGGAAAAAUAUCUAAAAACAAAAAGAAAAAGCUGAAAAAGAAGCAGAAGAGGCAGGCUGAGUUACUGGAGAAACGCCUGCAGGAGAUUGAGGAAUUGGAGCGAGAAGCUGAAAGGAAAAUAAUAGAGGAAAACGUCACCUCUGCUGUACCUUCCAAUGAGCAAGAUGAUGACUAUCACCCAGAGGGGAAACUAAAAGCAGGAUUAGAGGAUGUGGUUGAGGAAGAGACAGCAAAAGACAACGGUGAAGCUGGAGACCAGGAAGAGAAAGAAGAUGCAGAGAAGGAAAAUGCUGAGAAAGAUGAAGAUGAUGUUGAACAGGAACUUGCAAAUAUAGACCCUACAUGGAUAGAGUCCCCUAAAACCAACGGCCAUAUUGAGAAUGGCCCAUUCUUACUGGAACAGCAACUGGAGGAUGAAGAGGAUGAUGAAGAUGAUUGCCCAAAUCCUGAGGAAUAUAACCUUGAUGAGCCAAACGCAGAGAGUGAUUACACGUAUAGCAGCUCCUAUGAACAAUUCAAUGGUGAAUUGCCAAAUGGACAACAUAAGAUUCCAGAGUCACAGUUUCCAGAGUUUUCUACAUCAUUGUUCUCUGGGCCCUUAGAACCUGUGGCCUGUGGCUCUGCACUUUCAGAGGGAUCACCACUUACUGAGCAAGAAGAAAGCAGUCCAUCUUGUGACAGAAGCAGGACAGUUUCAGCCUCCAGUACUGGAGAUUUGCCAAAAACAAAAACCCGGGCAGCCGACCUGUUGGUGAACCCCUUGGAUCCACGGAAUGCAGAUAAAAUUAGAGUGAAAAUUGCUGAUCUGGGAAAUGCUUGUUGGGUGCAUAAACAUUUUACUGAGGAUAUCCAGACACGUCAGUAUAGAUCCAUCGAAGUUUUGAUAGGAGCAGGCUACAGUACCCCUGCAGACAUUUGGAGUACGGCAUGCAUGGCAUUUGAGCUGGCAACAGGAGAUUAUUUGUUCGAACCACAUUCUGGGGAAGACUAUUCCAGAGAUGAAGACCACAUAGCCCACAUCAUAGAGCUGCUAGGCAGUAUCCCAAGGCACUUUGCUCUAUCUGGAAAAUAUUCUCGGGAAUUCUUCAAUCGCAGAGAUCACAUAGCAUUGAUCAUUGAACUGCUGGGGAAAGUCCCUCGAAAAUACGCUAUGUUGGGGAAAUAUUCCAAGGAGUUUUUCACCAGAAAAGGAGAACUGCGGCAUAUCACCAAGCUGAAGCCCUGGAGCCUCUUUGAUGUACUUGUGGAAAAGUAUGGCUGGCCCCAUGAAGAUGCUGCACAGUUUACAGAUUUCCUGAUCCCAAUGUUAGAAAUGGUUCCAGAAAAACGCGCCUCAGCUGGCGAAUGCCUUCGACAUCCUUGGUUGAAUUCUUAGCAGAUUCUACAAAUAUAGCAUUCUGAGCUAGGAAAUGUUUCCCAGUACAUUGGACCUAAACAGUGGCUCCAUUCUUUAACAGGAUUACAAGUGAGCUGGCUUCACCCUCAGACCUUUGUUUUGCUUUGAGGUACUGUUGUUUGACACUUUGCUUUUUGUGCACCGUGAUCCUGGGGAAGGGUAGUCUUUGUCUUCAGCUAAGUAGUUUACUGACCAUUUUCUUCUGGAAACAAUAACAUGUCUCUAAGCAUUGUUUUCUUGUGUUGUGUGACAUUCAAAUGUCAUUUUUUUUGAACAAAAAUAUUUUCCCCUUUGUGUUUUGGCAGGUUUUGUGACUAUUUAUGAAGACAUAUUUUAGCCAAGUAUUACAUAAUUUACAAUCUUAAGAAAUUAUCAGUUGGAACCAAGAAAUAGCAAGGAAAUGUACAAUUCUAUCUUCUGGCAAAGGGAAACCAUUCCUGUAUUAUAGUAUAUGUAAAUGCACCCUUGUAAAUGUUAAUUUCCAUAAAUAUGGGAUGGGGACUCAGAUUUCAGAAAAGCUACUAAGCCUAAGUUGCAUGUAGCAGAUUUUCACUGCUCCAAGAAGUUGUGCAAACUUUUCAUUCCAUAACAGUUCAUUCACAUUGGAUUUUAAACAAAGUGACUCUGGAUUAGAUGUCAUUCUCUAUAUGGAACUUUAAAGGGAGAAAAACAUGCUUCUCGUUCUAAAAUAUACAUUAUAAUUUAGCAGUUGCAUUUGUAUUUUUGCAUAUUUUUAAAAAUAAUUUUAAAGAAAAAGUCAUUUCCCUUUAAAAAUGUGAUGGCCCAGUACAAUGUAGUGUUGCCUUUUCUUAGCACUGUAAGUUAAAUACAUAGAUUAAAUUGGACAAGAGAAAUAUGUUCAGUGUGUGGAAUGAAAAAAAAAUAUUUUUGGAAAAGCAUGAUUGUGUUUGCCUAAAACACAAGGUGUGGUUUGUACAGUUUGCAGCACAGUGGACAGAAUACUCCUCACAGCUCAAAGGUAACAGUGAUCAUGUUCAUUCCAUAGGCAGUUUCAUUAUGUUGGCUACAGCAGUUAUACUUGCCUUUUUAUUGUCUUUCCAUGAGAGAAUCAUUUUCCCUUUGCAGGUUGAGUACAGUUUUAGUUUAUGCAUUUCCUUAAAAUUAAUUGUAGAAUCCAGGAUACAACAUUAGUAGGCAAUACAACUUUAGAAUGUAACAUAUAGAGGUAUAUUUAGCCUCUUUUAGAAGUCAGUGGUUUUAAUGUCUUUAAAAAAAUUUUUUACAUUAAGGUGCCUCGUUUUUCUUGACUUUGUCCAUUAACAUUAUCCAUAUGCCUUUGCAAUAACUAGAUUGUGAAAAGAUAACAAGUGUUGUAACAAUAAUCCAUUGUUUGGGGUGCUUGCACUUGUCUUAAAAAUUAAAGUGUUUUGGGUUUUUUUUUUUUUUUUUCCCAGACAUUGCCUUGGUCAUUUGAAGUGACAGAAUGAACAUACGUUUACUAUCAGUACAGUGUCACAAAAACUAAAGGAAGUGUCAACAUUCCUGAUGCAGCAGCUGCAGUCAUAGGACAUACAUAAACCUUACUAUGAGGAAAUUGCUGAUUUGUUUUUAGGGGCAGAAGGGAUUUAGGAAUGAGGCUGUAGUAUAGCUUCAUCAUCCAGAAUGUGAAUGGUCCCUUUUUAUCAAUGUUUUAUCAGAAUGCACUGAUUGCAUUUUAUUUGAGCAUCUCAAAUUUCUUUUUUCCAAUAUUAUUCACUGAGGGAAUAAGACACACAGUCCUCUUUGGAGCUAGCAUUACAUCACAUACUGCUGUGAGUUAGAAUGUGGUACUCAUUCAUGAGAUGUGCAUGAUGAAUUUUUCUGAUGAGACUGUAGGUUUCCAUGUAGCUUCUGACAGAUGCGGCUGUAGACCAGUGUUGUUAGUCACAAUUUCCAUAGAAAACAUUCUUAUACUCACCAUAGAGUACAUGUGUCUUUUCUAUGUCUUUAAGAAUUUUUACACUUGAUUGAAAUUUGUCUGCCGUUUUAUUUAGCUCAUGUUAGAAAAGCAACUAGUUGGAUCCUAUGAUAAAUACCCUAGCUAUACAAUACAGAAGCAGUUCUUCUAGAAUGAACACAUUUGUUUAUCGGGUACCAUAUGGUUGUAGCAGAUUCUUGGUAGUUUGUUGAUAAUAAAUAUAAGCUAAAGGUGAACCAUUGGUUAUGCCGAGCCUUAUCACCAGCUCAGUGAUUUGAGUUGAGUUCCUGUGAAAUCUUCACUAUCAGAGAUUCAGAAGCUGCUAUCAGGAAAUUGACAGAACUAUCCAAAGAAAAAGUGGGUAUUAAAAGAGUUUCAAAGAGGUAUAUUCAUUUCGUUUGUUUUGAGACAGGGUCUCCCUAUAGCCCCCACUGGCCUGGAACUUGCUAUGUAGACCAGGCUGGCCUGGAUCUCCUGAGAUAGCCUUGAUUGCCAGAGAUCUGCCUGCCUCUGCCUCUGAGUGCUGGGAUUCAAGGCUUUAAAGAUGAAAAGGACUUGCUUUUUCAUGUGCCUGUGCCAUAUGUAACUUUUUAACAGGAUAAAGAAGUAGAGAACUUUUAUUAGAGAACUUGUUCAAGUAUUUCUUAAAUCCCAUUUUUAAAAAUGAAAGUUUGAUAGAAGACAUUUCUUGAAUGUAUGUAGUAUCCAUCAAAGAGUUAUCAUUCAGUUUGAAUGUAUGAGGAUUUAAAAAUGGUGACGAGGAUAGUGCUUUGGAAGAGUUGAAUAUUGAUAUUUUACAUGCUAAUUAACUUUGGUCUAUGUUUGAAACUAUCCAAGGACAGUUAAUUUAUUCAUUUUUCAGACAUUAUUCUUUAGUAACAUAACCAACAUAAGCAGAAGUUUGUUUGCCAAGUAAAGGAUGGCAAAGUUGACCUUUGCUGUUCAAAAACUUGAAGCUGAUUAGGAUUAAACCCUACACAAGCUAUAUUAAUGUACCACCAGUAGCUAAUUUUCAGGUGGAAAUUUAAUUUAAAAACAUGAUUUAAGUUACUACCAAAUAUCAUUCAUUUUAAAUAGUCUGUUUACUUUUUCCCCUGAUGCACAAAAUUUAUAUAUACUAUGGCCAAAUUGUGCCAUUAUUUGGAUGAUGCAAAGUAUCUUGAUAAGCAGCAUCAAUCACGCAGCAUCAGUCACUGCUGAUAGACUUAGUACUCCUGAGAGGUAGAAGGCAAAGGCUAGACAUUUUUCAAAAGUUAGAACUAUGCCUUUUUUCCUUUGACUGAAACAAAAUUUAAAGAAAUAUAUUUUUCAUGAUUAAAAAGUACCCUAUAUAGCUAGAUAUUAAGCACCCACAGUUUUCAUAUCGGUUCUGAUUAGUAAUUAAUUAGUGGGGCAUUUCAGUCAUAUUCUAAAGUGUGCAAAUUAAAUAUUCCUACUUUAGGCAAAUGAUUUUCAAAAAACUUAUAAAUUGCAAUCUUUAAGUAUAUUGUGUGUAAUACAUUAGUGGUCCGGAUUAAUUUUAUAUGCUGUUAGAUACUUAUUAAUAAGUAAAGUUACAAAGUACUACUGCUUAAUUUCUUGUGACUCUUGCUCCUGGGAAUAAAAAGGGCAAGUAGUAGAAACCAUUUGUGGGAGCCCCUUACUUACUAUUGCCUUUAGCAGUGGCCUACCAUUAAACUGAGGUAGUAGUUGCUAAAGAAAAUGAAAGGUUCUUGCCUUAAAAAUUAUAUUUGAAAAUUGUAACUUUUGUAAAAUCAUUAAGCAGACCUCCAUUUUAGAAGUUGUACAGAACAAUUUGGUAAAACUGACAUAAUUGUGAUUUAUUAACAUGAAUUAAAAUGCCCAACCAGUGCUUCAAUGUGACAGUAUAUUUAAAAUAAAAAAGGGUCAUAUACUGUACUACUUUCACAAAGAUCACACAGUUUUGCAAAAGACUUGUCAUAUGUACAAUGCUAUAUAUCAAAUGAAAAAAGCUGGAAGCAAUUAUAUAUGCAAAAGAAAUGCAGUAUUUACAGUCAAGAGACAUUAGAAAUCAUCUAUACAUUAAAUUACAUUUUGCUUGCAAAUAACUGAUAAAACAAAAUGAGCCAUGUCCACACCAAACUAUAAAAAUCUGUAUUGCAUUUUUAGACCCAAGAUGCACUCACAGAAUUGCUGACCAAAAAAAAAAAGGAAAAAAAAAGAAAA